CUGAAUCCCAUAUUAGCAACCGUAGAUCAAUUUCAAAUAUAAAACGGCAAAGAAGUUUAUACACGAAACAAGAUCAAGAAUAAAAUAUUUAAACCCCGUCGUAACUACCAUACGAAUAGUGAGAACCUGCCAACCGGCUGAUUUUAAUAAAGGAGAAUUAAAGCAGCCUACGUGUUCCUAACUGGAAUCAUUGAGUAACUCAGAAUGAGAUCAUUCUACAGUUUUUGGACUGCAGGUGGGGAAUGAAUCUAUACGUACAUCACCAAUAUAUAUGUAUGUAUAUAUAUACCAGGUGAUUCAGCCCAAACGCACCACCUGAACAUGGUGUUAACAUAAGACUCAAAUGGACGCACUAACUUCAGGUGAUGCGUUUUUACUGAAUAACACUGUAUACCUAUAUACAUAUAUAAAUAGGUAAAUAUCUAUACACAGUCUAAAUUGUGUUACUCCUCCUUUUUACGUACACAAAUAAUAAUAAAGCAGCGCUCACACAAAAUGUAUCUCCGUAAGCAUACUAUUACUGUACUAGAUAACUAUAGUCGGGUCACAACAUCAGCGCCACUUUCAGGUGACUUCUUUACAUUGUUAUUCGUAAGAAGAUGGCCCUUUAUAGUGGAACUGAUGCCGCGGCCCGACUAUAUACGUAUAUUCACUGUGCGUGGAGAAUGGGAGAAUAGUGUUGUUAUUCUGAGAUAUAUAUACGCAUGUAUACAUAUAUGUUUGUAUCCACAAGACUCAUGGUCGUUUCUGGUGUGCCUAUGUACGUUCUCCAGUGUAUUAUAAAACUUGGAGAGAACUGGAUAGCCGGAGAGAACUGCGCACUGUUACGGCAAACAAGAACAAUCCUCUCCGUCGGCUAAAAAUUUGUUCAGAGUUUCGCACGUUAGUUAUUUCAGAGCCGUGUAGUCCCCGUGGGCUUUGUUCCUAGCGGUAACUUAUUAACGGGAAAGUGAAACGUACUUUUGAGUUAUUAUAUAGCGUACUCGGGUACCUGAGGAUCAUCCUGUAGUUUCAGAUACUGACAGCAUUACGUACGUGGUAGAUAUAGUAAACGGAGUUCGGGGGAAUAUAUGUUGGUAAUAUUUUCAUGAUGAAGAGCCUAAUAUUUGUUCUUUGUGUAACGGCAAUGAUCUUAUGUGCCGAGUCAGCGCCUAAAACAAGCUGUGUGAAAAAUACGAAUGCGUGCGUGAGGAGUGCUGAGUGCUGUACCGGUUGCUGUCAUGAAGAGAAAUGCGUCAGCUUCAGUGAAUCCUGCCUAAGUGAUCUGACGCAAUUGGGUGCUGGAGUUAAGGGUGGUCCUUGCGCCCUUUUAGAUCCUCCAUGUACUGCAGGACAUCAAUGUGUUCUUCAACCUGUUCAAUGCAUUCAGAGUCCCUGCCCUCCUAUUGCUUCCUGCGUGCCUCCUGAUUAUCAUGAUUAUGAUUGAGGUUGUUACUCUAAUGUUGGAUUAAUUAUGGAAUAUUAAUGAAGCAAUUAAUUACGCAUAAAAAUGGGAUUCUGACCAGAAGCGCCGAAUCGUACUAUAUUAGUUAUUAAGUAAUUGAUGGAUUUUUAUGUAAUUAAUAUUGUUGAUGAACAAUAAUGUCAUAAGGGCUUUGUUUCAUUGUAUCUUUUUAUUAUUAAAUACGUAAUGUAUAUGGGGAAAAUAA